AUGUUUUUCUUGUAUCUUCUCGUAGGUCUUGUUGCUGCUAGGCCAUAUACAAGAAAGGAAAUUGCAUUCAUUACACUCACAGUGCUUGCAGGUAUUGUAUGCGGAAUUUUAGUUUUUCUUGGAAUUUAUUUCGGAAUCAAGUUUUUGAUUCACUUACAUCGCAAAAAUAGAGAAGCAGCUCUACCAGAAGGGUUUAUUGCAGACGUUGAAGAACCUCCACCAGCAUAA